CACCAAAAAAUGCGAUUCUUAAUUGUCGUUGCUCUUGUGGCCUUUUUGGCUGUUGGCCUUGUGGCUGCACGACCAGCUGAGGAUGAGGAGUCCUCCGUCCAGAAUAACACCAAUGAGGAUUCGUCCAGCAAUGAUGGCGAGGGAAACUCCGAUGCUGCCGAGGAAGAACCUGCUGUUGAAGAAAGUCAGGAUUCUGGAAAUGAGGAUAACCAGGAUGAAGAAAAUAGCGAGGACAAUCAGGAAGAGUCAGAUAAUGAAUCAAACGGCGAUGAUGAGGAAGAUAACAACGGGUCUGAUGAUAAUACCGAAUCGGAAAAUAACAACGACUCAGAAGGCGAUCAGGAGCAGGAUGCUCCACCCAAGAAGCAGAUUCGUCCAUUCGGACCUCUUCUCAUCCAACCUAGACCACUAUUCCUCGAUUAA